UGGGAAUGUGGUCCAACAAACCAAAUGUUCUCUUCAAAUGUCAGUUCUACACAGAGGAAACACAGGAAACAGGCCUUUCUAUGUCAGAAUAUUCAUUUUCAGAACAGUACCUAAAAAUCCGCAGCUUUCCCCUUAAAGCGUGAGAAAUGACGUCAUGACGCCGACAGCGACCGGGCGUUGCUUAGCAACGGUUUGCCACAAACUGGAGAGCUGGCAGGAGGCCGUUGGUUUUGUUUUCAACAGACACUCCAACCUAAAUAUGAUCAUGUAUGAAGGUCUCCAGGCCAGCGUCGUGUGGGACCAUGACCUGAUCCACAAACAACAGCAGAACCACCAACACCAGGACAGUCAGGACCCCGACGGCCUCCAGAGUCUGAUCCAGAAGAAUGACCUGCUGGACCGACAGUUGGAGGACGAGCGGCAACGGCACAGGAAGCUCCAGGAGGAGGUGGCCUGGGCCCUUCUCCGUCACGUCUUUGGGAGUUUCCGUCCAAGGCCCAGUCUGACCCUGGCGUCUGUGUGUGACCAGGUCUCCAGCGCCGAGCAGAGCCUGGAGGAGCUGAGGAAGGAGGUGGUCCGUGGUUCGUUGUGGUCCGAGAGGCAGAAGACUCAGAGGGCCAUACGGGCUCUGGAAUACAAGCUGCACAGAGCCUCAGUGGAGCUGAACGUGCAGCUGGCUAAAAACAGACGUCUGGGAGAGGAGCUGCAGACUCUGAGUGAUGAAAGGAUCUCCUUCCAGCAGCUGCAACACAAACUCAACAAGGAGCUCCGGGACGUCAAGAAGAAGAUCAGAGAAGCGACCGGCGUGUGCUCUGCUGCCGACCACGCAAGGGUGGAGGUCCAGACCAAGAUGGUGGUCACACAGGAGAGGAAAGAGGAGGAGCUUACCCAGACCAAGGCGGAGAUCCUAAAACUCAGCAGGGUGAUCGCUCUGAAGAUGACCCUCCGAGACUUCACAGUGAUGAAGAGCAGCAGGAGGAGUGGUCCGGACGGCAGCCUGAGGGUCACACCAAGGAAGUUUCCCAAGAAGACGCAGAAGACGAGGGAUCCUGGGGCGGCGUCCGUGGACGCUCUGAGGGAAGCCUUUGAAAAGAUUCAGGCGGCCACAGGAGUGGACGACCUGGCCGUCCUGGUCAACAACUUCAUCAAAGACGAGCAGAAGAUUUUUGAACAGAAUAGUUUUCUGAACGUUCAACAAGCAGAGGUCACGACCCUCAGGGAGCAGAGCAGCAAGAUCCAAGCAGAGAUCGAUUCCCUUCGAGCUGAACAUCUGCAGCAGAAAGAAGCUCUCUCCGUUUCACAGAGGAACACAGAAGAACAACUGAGGAAGGUUGAAUCGCAGAUCCAUGACUAUGAAGGCCGGUGGGUCACCAUCAACAAAAUCCUGGAUGACUUCAAGAAAGGGUUACACAACAUCCCCUUGACAUCAGUGUGGAGGCAGUCGACGGAGACCCCCGAGGACGACACGGCGACGCUCAUGAGCCCCCUGGAGCAGAGCACCAACGACCUGCUCGCUGUGCAGGUCUUUCACACGUUUAAGAAACAAGAAAAAAAUCCAACGCCUUCCAAAAAAACCAUCCAGAUGUUUAACCUGCCAGCUGCAGCUCCGCCUUUGGAGUGAAAGUCCUUUCUGAAACGAGGAGGAGGAGGAGGAGCUGCUGUCAGAGGAGGAGCUGCUGUCAGAGGAGGAGUCGUGCAGCUGUGCAUCUCGGAGCCUCAGUGGAAUAAACAUCAUCUUUCUUCUGCAAACUUCA